AUGACCUCUUCCCCUUUACCACCUGACCCCACGGCGCCUCGGGGCGUCCCGCCCGACACUGACGUUGCGGACACGGGUCAGCACCUUGCCGGCGGGACGACGUUCCCGGGAUCCCCGGAGCCCAGGUCGACGCUGGACUGGGUCCCACCCCCUGAGGGUGGAUCGCAGGGGAGUGAGAGGGGACGUCACUCCCUCCCCGGGGAGACGGGCCGCCCGUGGACAACGCAACCAUUCCAUGGGGCGUUGUUUUCAAACAGCGGCCCCUGGGUCCGAGACCGUCCCGCAGGAGGGAGCACCCUCUCCACACCCACCCCUCGGGAUCUCACCCCUCCGGGCCCAGCGCGUCCCGCGGGAGGGAGCACCCUCUCCACACCCACCCCUCGGGAUCUCACCCCUCCGGGCCCAGCGCGUCCCGCGGGAGGGAGCACCCUCUCCACACCCACCCCUCGGGAUCUCACCCCUCCGAGCCCAGCGCGUCUUCCUUCCCUCAUUCUGGGGAUCAGCUCCCAACACAUCAACAGCCUUCCUUCCAGGUGGAGACGACACUGCACACAGCUCUCCAGACAUGGCCUCACCGAUGCCCCAAGCCCUUCUGCCCCUCCCUCGCUCCGGGGGGAGCGGGACCACCGGCCCGGAGCUGGAUCCGGAUCCGGAUCGGCGCGCUCCUCCCCACCGCCUGGAAACGGCCGGCUCCCGCCCCACCCUCUCCCUCCGCUGGCGUCCAUUUUGGGUGGGAAGCCUGCCACGGCCUGA